ACAGUGCAGUGAAACAAGUUUCAUCCCUGAUGAUCAGCACUUUCAAACGAAAAGUGAAUUUAAAAGACACAUUUACAAGUUUGCGCUCGAAUUUACUCUGUCAUAUGUUGCCCUUUUAAACAAGAAAGGUGAAUUAGUUGAGAAAUGGCCUCAUACUUCGAUGAGCAUGACUGUGAACCUACAAAUCCUGAAGAACAGUACCGACAGAAUGCUUUGCUGGAACUUGCGAGAUCUUUAAUGCAGGGCCUCGAUAUAGACUCGGGUUCAUUUGAUUUGUCAGACUGGGACCAGCGACUUCCUCCUCCUGCAGCGAAGGCUGUGGUUCAGAGUCUUCCUGUGGUCAUUAUCUCCCCUGAACAAGCAGAUAAAGGACUGAAGUGUCCGGUGUGUUUAUUGGAGUUUGAAGAGCAAGAGACCGUAAGAGAGAUGCCGUGUAAGCAUCUGUUCCACACCGGGUGUAUUCUGCCAUGGCUCAGUAAGACCAAUUCAUGUCCCUUGUGUCGACUUGAACUACCCACUGACAAUCCAGACUAUGAGGAGUUUAAAAAAGAUAAGCAACGGAGAAGACAAAGAGAACACAGGCUGGAAGAUCUACAUGGCGCCAUGUAUACAUGACUUGAAUAUGAAUGGAAGUGAGAGUUUACUCGGCAGGGACCAGACUUUGAAUGAUUGAGUUUGCUUGUACUUGAAAAAAACGGCAAUGUUUUAAAUUAUAUCUUUUUUUACCGUAUGGCUAUGCACCGAGACCUGUUUGUAUGAAAGAAGUCACUGAAAUGUAGCCUCAUAACAACAUAAAUUUUAUUGCUAAAGUAUAAUGUGAAAUUACAUUUAUUUGAUCCGUGAUUUAGUAUCAAUACACGUUGCUCACUAAAGAGAUUACAUUCCUUAUUUCUUUAUCGUCCCUAAAAUAAGCAUUGAACGUCUUAUUUUAUACUAUAAUUAGCGAUUAUUUACAUUGUGGACCCUUUUCUAAUUAGGAAAUGCCAGUAUGUGGGUUUUAUAUGUGAUGUAACUUAUCAUAGAGGUAGACAUAAAAUGUUUUAAUCACUGCAGCAAAGUUUCAAGCAGAACAUCCAUCCAUAAAAGUGUUUGAAGUACUUUUCUAAUAUUCUCUUAAGCUUGUUGACUGCACAUUUGAUUCAUGUCAUUGGUCUCAUUACAAACAUUAUCUUCAAAAGAUCACAGACAGAGAUACAUGUACACUUGUUUAUUUCUCAUUCGAUGUUUUGGUAGUUAUUUCAUAUAAAUCUCUUGUCAAAGAAAAAUCAUUGAAAUGAUACGUAAAUCUGAGUACAUGUGAUUUAUAAAAUAAAAAUAUUCUUUGUAUUGUU